AUGAGCGCCUUCGUGGGGACGCGCCACCUGCUGCAGGCCAUGGCGCUCAAGCACCAGGAGCGCGUCCGUCGGCAGCUCGAGACGCCCGUGCUCGCCGCUGCUGCCGUCGACCACCAGCAUCCACGACACGUGACGGGAGCGUCAUCGACGAAUGACGUGCCACUGACGAGUCGCCCCAGCUGUCCUACAGCUGCAACGACGCACUCAAACGCGUCGGAAGACUGGAGACGCACGAUCCAGGCGUCGCUGCUAGCAAGGGAGCGAGAGAACGCGCUGUUUGCGCCCAUUGGAGCCUUGGAAAUGACCAUGGACGAGAGUGACGAGGACCGGCCGCGUGUCUCGGUUGCGUCCCGGAUCUUACGCGUCAUGUGCAUUACAGACUUCAUCUUUUCUGUGACUGGAGCAAUCGUGACAGCCGUGGAGCUCUGGGCUCCGCACGCCGGUCGGAGUUUCCAAUUGAUUUUCUGGGCUCAAGCACCGCAUUGGUGCUCGCAAGUCGCGAGUUUCUGCUGGGUCGCGACCUUGGCUUUGUACAUUGCCAAGCACCGGAAUCGAGCGAGCUUUGAUGUGGCGAUUGCGCAUGCUAUUAUUUGGAUGGUCGUGGUGUUUUAUUGGGUACUCGAGCUCUACUCGAGUUACUACGAGACAAAAGGGUUUGUAAAUGCGGCCAAGAUUAUUUGGAAAGUCAUUGCAGUUGGAUGCUUCUUGAUCAUCACGUGUUGCUGGCUGAAUUUUGCACGACGAUGGAUGCAGCAGGAACGACGCAAAGGAGCGUACGUCGUGUCCAAGCUGGCGUCGUAUACACUGGCGUUCUUUGUCCUCGUUGGGCCUAUUGUUAUAACGGAUCUCGCCCUCGGUUUGCAUAGCUACGGAACCGUGAUGGAUGCGUGUUCGAUGAUUUUGGCCAUGUGGCCGUUCGUGAAUGCGGUCAUAUACCUUACAAAGCCGACGUUGUGUCUGAAGAUCUUCCAGGAAAAGUCCUCGCGCGGCCCGCGCGGACAGUGUGAUUCGGCUGAUGGGCAGCUUGGCAGAAAUGGAAGCCGACGGUUCAUGAGUGCAGGAGGAAAUGGAGCUCCAGGCACAGCAAAUGGCACGGUGGGUGGAAAUACUGGUGACUCUAGUCAGAAGCUGCUGAUGUCGCCGUCGCAUCACGAGCUUAAGGGUUUGGAGAUUGGUGACAAGAUUGGGGAAGGGGUGGCUGUGGUGUACCUGGGCAAGUGGCGUGGUGCCAAUGUUGCUGUUAAGAUGAAAGCAGUGCUAGCGGCGCUAGAAAGUGCGGCUGAUUUGGCAGAAUUUCAACAUGCCUGUAAUGUGGAGAUUCAGGCCGAAGCAGAAGUGAUGCGCGGUCUGUGCCACCCGAACAUUGUGCUGUUUAUGGAAGCGGGAUUUUAUCGCGGCUCAAUCUGUAUCGUUUCAGAGUAUUGCGCGCGUGGCUCACUGCGUGAUGUUCUCCAGCAGCAGACACCAGAUGUGAAGAACCUGAAUUGGCCAACGAAGCUUCGUCUUGCGCUGGGAAUCUCGCAUGGUAUCCAGUACUUGCACAAUGCCAACCCGCCUAUGAUCCAUCGAGACUUGAAAUCUCCGAAUGUGCUAGUGGACGACUCGUGGCAUGCGAAGAUCGCGGAUUUCGGUACUCUCCGCUUUUCAGAAAUCGUGUCAUCAGCUGCGCAACUUCAGGCUUCUCAGAUAAACACAAGGAGCUCAUCGAAAGUACCGUUAGUAGAAAUGACAGGUCUUGUGGGUACUACGCGCUGGAUGGCACCGGAGGUCAUGCGAGGGGAACGCAUUUACACCAGCAAAGUGGAUAUCUACAGCCUGGCGCUCAUCUUGUGGGAGCUCAUUGAGGGGAAAUUGCCGUUUGAAAAUACACGAUGGAAUCAUGAGGUGGAGGACUAUGUUUUGAAAGGUGUCCGACCCAACAUUCGCUCGGAUUUGUGUCCAUUGCGGUGGAAAUUGCUGAUCGUAACGUGCUGGCAAGCAGACCCGCGAGAACGUCCCACAAUCCAGCAAGUCAUCAACAGCUUGCAGCGCAUAGGGCGCGAAGAAGUGUGGGACCCUACCGGUCCUCGUUUUACAGGUGUCAGUCAGCUGGGUACCUCGAUGUCCUCUUCAAUUUCGCACUCGAUAUACUCAUCUCACUCGGACUCAAUGAAUGCGACUGGACCAGUUGGCGGUUUUGACCGACGCAACUACCCCGCUGCGCUCGACGAGAACCAUGCAAGUGAACCUGAUUUGGAUGGUGGGAGUUUUGCGGGCGAGUUUUCUUACGUGCCAACACUCGAUUCGCUCGUCUCUCCAGCCAUACUCGGUGCUUCUGACGACGGUAGCUCCAAGAGUACCAAGGCAUUGCAGUCUCGAUCGCGUCUCGGCUCCAUGGAGACUUCUGCUAGCAAUCGGUGGAGCUUAGUAAGUACAAGUAGCAGCACAGUCAGCAUGGGCGCGAACGAUAGCGGCUACUACGGUUCAAGUAGCAGUUCGUUCAGCAGUAACGAUCCAAGUGCGAGCUCGAUCAGCAUGGGCACUCUCUGUGGCAGUGCGAGCUCUUCCGUCAGUAACCGAUCGUUCGGGGCGUCCCAAUCGUCCAAGUUGAAAAAGAAGCGCCCGGAAUGGCGACGUCGGACCGACACGAUCCAGGAGAUGCAGCCCACAGAUCUUCUGAAUGCGCCCUCUGCACACGUUCGUCGAGUCCUCGCCCGAUGGCACUCCGUUUAUCGUCAAUAUUUAACCUUUCCCGCACCACAGGCUCGCAGGUGGAUGGAGAAAGGUAGGAGGCAAGUCGCUAUUAUAAUUUUGCCUGAGUGUUUUGUUGCCGUCUCAUCUCAGCGUUGUGUAUGA